AUGAAUAUUAAUUGUAUUUUAAAUAAAGGAACAUUCACCACCUUAACAUUAUUAAAACUCGAACAACAACAACAAUUAAAUGAAGGCCCAAACCCAAUUGACAGUCCAUCAUCAUAUGAUUUAUAUAAUAACAAAAAGUCUAAUCAAAUCAUGAUGCUUAACACACCUAUGGGUGAUGGUCCAGAUCCAAUCAAUUUCUUAUUAAACGAAAGCCAAUUCGAUACUUUUGAAAGACAAAAAAGCUUUUUAAAGAAAACCAAAAUCUUUAGCAACGAAGUUGUUGAUCAAUACUUUCACCACUACAACCACUUAUCCUUUGGUGAAAAAAUAUUUACCCUCUCAGGUUACCAACUUUGCCAAAAUAAUAAUACCAAAAAACCAUUUUAUCCUACCACAAACAACUAUGAUAUCUCAAUUGAAAUACAAGGAAUGGUUAAAUCAAUUCUCUCCAACCCAAGCUUAGUAUACUAUCGUAUCUUUGACUUAAAAGAAUCCUCAUUUGAACUAGGCUUUGUAAAUUACAACCUCUUUACCAUCUAUAAAGAAAUUAUCGAUAUAUUUGAAACAUUAUCAAUUGUAAAUCAUUACAAAGGCACAAAUAUUUAUAAAUGGAAUGGUGGAUAUCAUGUAAAUAAAAUUUUAGAAAACCUAUUAGAUAAAAGAAUAACAUUUGAACCAAAUGAAAAAAGUAAAGAAAUUAACAAUAUAUUAAAGAACUUUAUAAUAAAUAAAAAGGUCAAAAAGAACUUUAUCUCCUUAAGAGAAAAAGCAGUUUGGGAUGUUCUUGUAUCAACAAAUAUAAUAAAAAUUGUAAAUAAUGGAAAUGAUUUUAUAAUCAACGAUGAAAAUACUUUAUUUUAA